AUGACGAUCUCUUUGAACCCACGAGCACCCAAGCCCGACCACGAGAACGCACCACGCGAGCCCACGGGCCCCAUUGCCGCAGACUCUCUAGCAGCAGAAUCACUAGACAACAAGGGUGCAUUUUCCGAGAACAGCGGCGCGGCCGCCCAAUCGGUGCGAGGUGACCAAUCGACCUUCGCCAACACAGACACAUCGGGGGCUCGAAAGCUAGAGCCGGCUGCAUCGGGAGCAGAACGAGAACGACAACAGUACACCGGCGCCGGUGCUGACAAGAGUGUGCAAGGAACAAGCGGAUUGAAACUCGAUGCCGCAGGCAAGCCGGACUUUGACGGCGUCCACAACAAAGAUGGAUACUACGGCGGUGCCAACGAUGGUGGAAACAACCAACGUGGCCAGGCCGACACUGCCCCGAGCUACGUGACCAAUGUGACGGGUGCCGCGAGAUCCGAUGGCACAUACAAGCCCAAGGGCAAGAACUUGGAAGACGCCGACGAGACCGGGUCCAUCCCCAAACCGAAGACUUUCACUGGUAAUGUGGGUGGCCAGUACGAUCCCGGUCGUGUCGCCGAGAACGAAUUCGCGUCUCGUAACACGGACCUCGAGACCGAGCUUUCUUCCGCCGGCGUCGAGGGCGGAGCUCAGCGCCAGAAACAGUCGACUGAGGAAGGUGGCGUCGGUGUCCAGGGUGGUCAGUAUGGUGUCCUGGAGAGUGAGAGGGCAUAA